GUGACGCCAUCUUGAAAUUGUCCCGACCAGAGGAGGCGAGGAGGAGACGGACUUGGGAAAAGCAGCUCGUCCUAAACUCGAUAGCUGCGUUAGCUACACGGAUUAACGGCAGAUUUAGAGGGUAUUGCUAUCAUAUGAUAGUGUUUACACUUGUUCACUCAAGUCAUUUCGACGGGGGAAGGCUGUUUGGCACACUUUGGAGCGGGCUAACACACCGGAGGGAGCCUCGUAAUCGGUUGUUUCCCUGUUGAAGCGGACGGAGUUCUGGUUGUGGCCGGGCAGCCCCGCCGGACUGUCGGACGAAACCGAGGCUAAUAACAACAGCAAUACACAUCUCGAACCUCGCGUUUCCUUGGUGGGAGGUUGGAAAUGCUAUUUUCAGCGCCGUUUUGAGCUUUUAAAGCGGUGCAACGGAGCUUGUCGAGGAGAAGUUUGAUUGGAGAGCGGAGUGCGCUUGAUUUCCAGUCCGAUGGAUGUUAGCCCUGCCCGGCUGUGGCUCGGCUCUCUGCUCCGCUGGUCUGAAAAUAACAGGUUAAACACCAACAGGCACAGGUGAACACGUCUGUUCAUAACAAUGCUGCAGACCUGGCAAGUACAUGACAGCCUUGGCUUGAAUGCCAACAAGUCGCCCUCUAUUGCUUGCCUGUAAACCUGAAAAUACCAACAACCAUCCCCUCCUCUUCUUCACCCCCCUCCUCUUCCUCCCUUCUGUUUUUUUUUUUUUUUUUUUUGACUAGUAAGGCUGGCAUUACCUGGGAUAUUUUGGAUUUAGGCUCGCUAUAUUGACAUUUUAAAAAUGUCCUUUUUGCAGAGACAAUGCUCUCUGGAGCAGCAAGACAUUUAAUUUGACUCAUUUGUUUAGAGAUUUUGGGUUGGUUUUUUUUGUUUUUUUAUUCUCUUUCUAGUCAGAGGAUCAGAUUCGGAUGGAAAAUGGGAGACGCCACCAAACUGGCCUUCGCCGUUUUCCUCAUCUCCUGCUCUUCAGGUGCCAUCCUGGGACGCUCGGAGACGCAGGAGUGCGCCUACUACAACUCCAGCUGGGAGAAGGAGCGCACCAACCGCAGCGGCAUCGAGCCCUGCUAUGGCGAGAAAGACAAGCGACGACACUGCUUCGCCACGUGGAAGAACAUCUCUGGAACCGUGGAGGUCGUCAAGCAAGGCUGCUGGCUGGACGAUGUCAACUGCUACGACAGUAACGAGUGUGUGGAGAGGAAGGAGAGUCCCGAUGUUUUCUUCUGCUGCUGUGAAGGCAACAUGUGCAACGAGAGGUUCCUGUACGCCCCUGAAGCGCCCCCACAGAGCGACCCGCACCAUUCAACCGCCUACACCACCUCCAACCCAUUUUCCCAGAAGCCCCAGCUCUUCAGCACUCUGCUUUACUCGCUGGUUCCCAUCAUAGGCCUGGCCGCCGUCGUCCUCUUCUCCUUCUGGAUGUGGAGACAUCACAAACUGGCCUACCCAGCUGCCCUUGUCCCCACACAUCACGCCUUUCACAUUAUGGUGGAGGAUCCAGGGCCCUCACCCCCGUCCCCCGUUUUGGGACACAAACCGCUGCAGCUGAUCGAGGUGAAAGCCAGGGGGCGCUUUGGAUGUGUGUGGAAGGCCCAGCUGCUGAACGAAUACGUGGCCGUUAAAAUCUUCCCGAUUCAGGACAAGCUGUCUUGGCAGAACGAGUAUGAGAUCUACAGCGUGAGCGGCAUGAAGCACGACAGCAUCCUCCACUUUAUCGGCGUGGAGAAGAGGAACAACAACCUGGACCUGGAGCUGUGGCUCAUCACCGCCUACCACGACAAGGGCUCGCUGACAGACUACCUGAAGGCCAACGUGGUGUCGUGGAAUGAGCUCUGCCACAUCACUCAGACAGCAGCCCGCGGCCUGGCCUACCUCCAUGAAGACAUCCCGGGACACAAGGACGGACACAAGCCCUCCAUCGCUCACAGGGACAUUAAGAGUAAGAAUGUGCUGUUGAAGAAUAACCUGACAGCCUGCAUAGCUGACUUUGGCCUUGCCCUGCAGUUUGAAGCGGGAAAAUCAGCAGGAGACACACAUGGACAGGUGGGAACGCGGCGCUACAUGGCUCCCGAAGUCCUGGAGGGCGCCAUCAACUUCCAGCGCGACUCCUUCCUGCGUAUCGACAUGUAUGCCUUCGGCCUCGUCCUCUGGGAGCUCGCGGCGCGAUGCACCGCCGCUGACGGCCCAGUGGAUGAGUACAUGCUCCCGUUUGAGGAGGAGGUGGGUCAGCAUCCGUCUCUGGAGGACAUGCAGGACGUCGUCGUUCAUAAGAAACUGAGGCCCUGCCUUCGAGACUGCUGGCAGAAACAUGCGGGUCUGGCCAUGCUUUGCGAAACCAUCGAGGACUGCUGGGACCAUGAGGCCGAAGCUCGCCUGUCCGCCGGCUGCGUCGAGGAGCGCAUCGGCCAAAUGCAGCGCCAGGCCCCUAUCAUCGGCCCUGAGGAGAUCGUCACUGUUGUCACCAUGGUGACCAAUGUGGACCUCCCGCCCAAGGAGUCCAGCUUAUGAUUGGCCGAUCAACCGACACCGGAUGAGCUAGCAGAAACAAGGAUCAACGCGAGGGGAUGAACAGCCGACCCUGGUUGGUUGGCGUAGUGGAUUUGUUUUUCUUUCUUUCUGUUUUUAUCGUUAUCUCUCUCUCUCUCUCUUUUUUUUUUUUUUGUUCCUUUAAAUGCGGGCCGUUACUCGCAUUCAAGAAACACCCUGCGCCCACCUCACCACAUCAGUUGAUAUCCACCUCAUUUUGAUAUGUGUGCCUGAGGAUUUUAACAUUUUACCGGUCGAAACUUUCUCAUCCCGAGCAAACGAUUCAGGAUGUUACAACGACGUCACCGAGUGAUAGUGCUGACAUGCUGGGACAAACACUUUUAUCAUGUAUUGUUUUUAUAUACAUACACUCACAUAGGAGGGUGACCUGUUCUGCUUGGUUUUCUACAGAGAGAGAAGAUCUGGCAGAUAAAUUUCACAGAACUCAGUGCAUUUUAGUGUAAAAAAAAAAAAAAAGAAAAGAAAAGAAAAAAGACGAGCACCUGGCUCUGGAUACAUUGCUGUUUUCUCGUGUGCGUUUUUUUUUUUUUUUUUUUAACGACUAUCGUUCUGCCAAUAAGCAACGGCUUCUGAAUGUUUAUAGUGUAAUGCUGCUGUACAUAGUGUAUUAUGGACCCAGACAACUUGGUAAUCAAGCUUAUUUUAAAGGGGGAGGGGGAGGGGGUCCAUUUUCAAGCAUUACGAUGAUAAAAACCAUAAACCUCCUUCAACCAGGUAUACCUCACUUCAGAUGGACACAGUUUAAAUUAGUCCCUCUCCCUGUUCACAAUCAUAGCUCACACUUUCCACAAUCUUGGCUCUAGACAUCCAAACAAACUGCUGUCAGCUGUGACACUCAUGGGUAAUGUAGUCAGCAAAGCCUUGAUAUACAUUGCCAUACACAACCGUAAUCACAAGUGUUUCUCCCUUUUUCCUCCCCUUUCUCAGUCUCAUGUUUAGUUUUGCUCCACUUUGAUAUUUGACUGAAUAACAACUUUUCCCCUUUUGUUAGAUAAUGGGGGGGGACGACAUACCCCCAUGAUGAAGUUGUCGUUUAAAGUGAUUUUUCCGUUUUGGUUUGCCGUUUCAGCUGUCAAUGGAGUAAUAAUAUCUAUCGCUGACAAGCCUAAUUUUGACCGUGAGAUCUGGAUAUACAGUAUAUGUAUUUAUAUCUGUCUGGAUUAGCGCUGGGUACCAACUAAUUAUAACUUUUUGAUAUUUGGUAUCUGUACCAAAUCAGAAGGUAUUAAAACGCUUCAAGAUUGUCAAACUCUUGGAGCGUAUUCUUCUUGUUCUUAUCAUUUUGUGAGAUCAGUUAUGUGUGGUCUUAUUCUAUUUAGAAAAAGCAGAUUAACAAAAUAGAUCAUCCAAUAUGUAGAGGUAUCAGAUUUGAAGUGUAGUUUUGAGGAGGUUUCCAGGGGUACCCAGCCCUACUUUGGAGUUAUACCUGUAUUUAGUUGAGCCAGCUUGCUUUUGAUUUGAUUGCACACAUCUUUUUUGGAUUACUAUCAAGAGUUUCUGCUCUCUUUUGAUACACCUCAGGAAUCUUUGCUACUCAUCACCUCCUCAUCCUCCACCUCUUCCUCCUCAUCCUCACCUGUCUCGGACUGGAAUACCUCCUCUCUCACUGAUUCUUACGCUUCCUCUCUCUCUUUCUUGCCUCAUCUCGACUUAUAAGGGUUUAGCUGUGCUGUCAUGCUCAAAAACAGUGUCUCUGCUCUCUUUAGGACCAGUCCAGAUUUAAUCUUAACACUACUCCCAAACAGUGAAAUUGUGAGCUUUCAUCUGUUCUGUCUCUUGAACCUGGUUGAACCUUGCCAAUCCCUAUGCAGGUAUUUAUUUAGUCCUAAGUCUGUAGAACCAGCCUAAACCUGAUCAGUUAGUUAGCAGGUAUUUAUAAUCCCUGUAGAACCAAACAUCUGGUCUGGCCUUAACUCUGAGAGCUAGUUGAUUUGCCAGUGUUUCCACUAUGUGUUCACCGUUCAGAGUUCUUGAGCAACUGAUCAGACCUUUCUUGCUCUGAACAACUAGCUGGAUAUACAGCAUGCCUUGUGUCUCUCUCCAGAGUUAGACACAACCUGCUCUAAGUUAACAGAUUCAACAGUUUUCACAUAAGAAGUAGGUGAUUUAAAAACAAUAAACUACCUGAAAAUAUUGGGUUUGAAUUUGAAACGACCGCACGGCUAACUAGCAAGUUGAGACAGGUAAUCUCUCUUUCUCUCUUUCAUCCUGGUGCCAUUUCUACGUAUCCAUAUUAGUUACUCUUGUAGAUGUCAGGCAAAACGGAUGUAUCUGUCAUUGUUGUGAAUGCAACAAUGACAUUUUUGAGUUUUUGUUUCCUCUGAGGGACGUUGAACAUUGGUGCCGGCAGACCUGCAGUCUCUCCUCAAGAUUUGGGGGCGGUUUCACAGGAUACAGUCUAAAAUCAAGCUUUUUAAAGUCAAGUGAAGCAGUUGGAAUUACUUAAAACAUGAAGAAAGUUCUUUCUACCAAACCAUUUCACAUUCAGGGCAAUACAUAAUUAUCCUUUCUUUAUAACACACUUUAAGCAAACGCCGUACUGUAGUGCUUGAGGAAAUGAAGAGCCAAGUAAAAUGCUAAAAAAUGAAAUUGAUUAGUGAUCAUGUCUGGACAGGGGAGUCAAAGCAAGUUCUCGCAUUCUGCAAAGCAAACAAGUCUAAUUGAGUUAAAUAUUUGUUUUGAGCGCUUAGAUGUACCCCAAGUAUUCUGCGAAAACUGCUGUAAUUAUUUUAGUUGUAAAAUACAGACCUUACAGGGCCAGACUAGCUUAAUAUUAACAGUUGACCUGAUUAACAAAAGGCCUUUUUCCACCAAAUAACCCAGGAACUAGAAGAACUAAAAAGUAAAGGAUCUUCAGAGUUCAGAAACUGUAAAAGUUCCUUGAGCAUGUUUGUUUUUUUCCCCGCUACACCUCUAAAAUGAUGAUUAGGUAAAUCUGGAGGAAGUGAACGUAGAAGUACGACAAGUUUGAGAUAUUAUUUCAGCGCAUUAUAAGACUACUGCAACAACACAGCAAACCUGAAGGAAGUUUAAGCCAUCAUGUCAUUUACUAACUGUAGCACGAGUACGAUAUUUUCACAGAUAUCGCUUCCUUUGCUGCUGCUGUUUUUCAGUUAACUGCUAUUAAAAAACAGCCAUUCUCUCAAGUCCUCAUGAAGCUUAAGCAGUCAGGGACGAUCAGUACUGCAAAGCCCAGCAGCCCUUCACUAAGUACUACCUCACUUACAGGGAUUUCUUUGGGGUAAAAAGUAUGGCAAAUAAACCAAAAUCGUAACCAGGUUCCUCUAGUAGAAAAGCGAUUAAAAUUCCCAAGUUCUUAAACUGGGGGAAGAGUUCCAGUUUGGGGGAUUCUUGGAGUAAACUCCCAUUUCUCCCCAUAAGUUUGAGACAGAAGCUAAAAGGUUAAAAAGAUGUUUCCUCAUUUUUGCCGUGAUGCGUUAUCUUGUUCUGUGAACAUUUUCCAUUAUUGUACAAGACUGAACGACAGCAGAAGGCUGCUUAUUGAAAAGGAUCAUUGACAUCUCAACAUAUGCUAACUGGCACAAACGUAAAGGAAAAACACCAGUAUUACCUUUUUUUUGUCCCCAAGUUUGUACCCUCAAAUGCAAAAACAGUAUUUCAGCAGCCAAGUGGAUUUUAAAAACAGCCUCCAAAUGUUUGGUUGGUUACCUGCCAAAGUGGCUGGUGGAGUCGACAAACCUGCCAGCCACAGCAAAACAAAACUGGCCAGCAUUUGGUAGGCGGUCGCAAUUCCAGUACUGUAGGUAGAUGGUGGAACGUGUUCAGUGUUUGAUAGCUUGACUUUAAACUGUGCUUGAGAAACCGACCCAAAACCGACAAAUACCAUUCAGGGAUUCAGUACUAUGCUUUUCUAAGUUCUCGCGAGUUAUAUGCAACCAGUGCCGCAAAUUACCCUACACUUCUGUAGGAUCAGCUGCAGGAGUGACUUUCAAUAAACACACACACAAAUAACUUGUAGCAUUUUAAUUUUUUUUUUUUUAAUCCGUGACCUUGCAUAUUGAUAUGUUGUAUUUAUUUUUUAAUUUACAGGCCUGAAGUUUUGGGGAUCAGAGCUAAGGUGCAACUCGAAAUAAAGUUGUAAGAGUUGGCACGAUUUAUGGUUGUUGUUGGGGGGUUGGGGGUGGGUCUUCGGUUGUAAUUCAGGAAAUACUUUCAUUAAUUCAAAAAGAAAAGAUAUAAACUGUAACAUGCUUCUUUCUAUUCAGUCUAUGGACAAAUGACCGAGAAUGAAUGUUCUUCAGACUCCUGAAUUCCAGUAUUGUGUGUACUUUGAUGGAUUGAGCCCGGCCCUGUAUAACUUUAGAGGGCUUUGCGUUUGGCUGGUUUCGUGUGAUUGUGCCCCGUCGCUGUAGAAAUUAGUAAAACCAACGCACUCGGAGAUCCAUUCAUACACCUCAUGGUUUUAUGGCUACCUGCUGAAGAUGUGAACCAGUACCUGCUCUAAGGGCAAUGAACUAGCAGGCUGACGAUAUGGUCCAACCAGAAAGAAAAGAAAAGACAAAUUUUGUGCAUUAUUUGAUAGUUAAUUGUAAAACUCCCAAGUAGGAUUUGAACCUCAACUGUCCUGUUGUACUAGAAAAAAGUACCAACAUCUGCUUCCUCUGUCUUUAAGAAGCAUUUCAGUUUAUCCAAAAAAAAUGUCUUGCUCUGUUUGCUUUCCUUCAGGUCUUGAUCUUAGCAAACCUAUUCUGUCUCAACUAUGGUCUAAAUAUGGUCUGAAUGUUGUCAUUUAAAGGUGUAUGAAUGGGUUUUCUCAGCAUGCAGGCUUUACGUUUUUCUAUCUCGACUUCCUCCAGCCCAGCACGUCACAUUGCUGUGCAUAUAAACUACCAGUGAAACAUUUGUGUCUUGUUGCCCCCACUAUUUUAAGCAGUCUAGAAUCUGUACAGACAUGAGAACAUAAAUACCUGUAUCAACUAUAUACUCUGAGCUGAAUCUUUAUAAGUGCGUGUUGAACUUCAGUGUUUCCUCUACAUUCAUUUAUACUUUUCUUGUGUUCUGACUCAGCAGCGGGGCUUGGCCCGGCUGCAUAAAAGUUGUCAUUCACUAUGCGAAAAAUUACUUUAAGUAUAGCUUUGUGUAACCUAAAAGUUGGGGGCUCAAUGGAGUACUUUGUAAGGCAUCCAAGAAAGCACUAAAGGUUUCCUUAGCAGAAAAUAAAUGACAAACAUUCAGCCCAGGGCGUUCCUCAAGGAGCCUACUUGGGUCCCCUGACAUUUACAUUUUGAAUAAUCCCCAAAGCUCUAUAAGAGCAGUUGCAAUACUCCAUAUGUGAUAAUGCAAUCACCCACUACAGGUAUUUCAUUCCAGCAUCUCAAUCUCCUGCUUUAUAUCACUAUUGGUAAGAAUUUUAGAGGAAACAUUGAAUUCCAAUGACCUCGCCGCCAAGACUGUCUUGGCAGCAGGAAGAGUCUGGUUGCCAGGCCUAAAAUUUCUACAAAAACAAGCAAACACUACAAGCAUUUUUGACCCCACAUUUCUUGAGGCUCUUGAGUUGCAGCGCUGAUCCAGGAUCUGCCAACGCAGCCUCUAAUGGUAAUGAUGCUCACAGGGUUUCUGGGAAGAAACUGAUAAAUCAGAUAACUUUUGGUCAUGAAACUUUAGUGGGUUGUAUAAAAAAAAGUCUCUAAAGUGAUGAAAAUGUCUUGUUUCUUUACUCCUGAUACAUGUGACUGUACAUUUUUAUGUUCCUGACAAAAAAUGUGAAAAUAGGACAAGAAACUAAGCUCUUGAAUUUCAAACUGGAAAAUGUUUAGGAAGUACAACAAAAGUAUCCCGCUAGGUGUUCUUGAACAAGAGUGAGUUUUUACCAGCUCCAGGGAUUCACACCCUGACCUCUGACCUUUGACCUCCCAAUGAAGAGACACAGGAGGAUUAGAGAAAAAAGAAUUCCCUUCGAAAAGUAUUAUAGCAGAAAAAACCUUCAAAAACCCUGGGUACAUUAUCACAGAGACAAAAUUGAUCCCUGAUCAGCGCUGUGACUCUCGGCUAAUGUUAGCCGGCCAUGGUUUUUAUCAGCUGAAGUGAUCCACGUGAUGUAAAUAAAUGUGUUUUUAGAUUGUG